AUGGCUGACAGGAGCCUGCUCGGGGGCGCCGAGCCCUGCCCGCGCCGGGAGGAGGCUCCCGAGUGGGGCUACGAGGAAGGGGUGGAGUGGGGGCUGCUCUUCCCCGAGGCGAACGGCGAGUACCAGUCGCCCAUCAACCUCAACUCCAGAGAAGCCAAGUACGACCCCUCGCUCCUCGACGUGCGCCUGUCGCCCAACUACGUCGUCUGUCGCGACUGUGAGGUGAUCAACGACGGGCACUCCAUUCAGAUCGCCCUCAAGUCCAAGUCAGUGUUAAUAGGUGGGCCGUUACCUCGAGGACAUGAGUUUGAACUACACGAUGUUCGAUUUCACUGGGGGAGAGAAAACCAGCGUGGUUCUGAGCACACAGUUAAUUUUAAAGCCUUUCCCAUGGAGCUUCAUCUAAUGCACUGGAACUCCACACUGUACAGCAGCAUCGAUGAGGCAGUGGGGAAGAAGCACGGCAUAGCUAUUAUUGCGUUGUUUGUACAGAUAGGAAAAGAACAUGUAGGCCUGAAGGCUGUAACUGAAAUUCUUCAGGACAUCCAGUACAAGGGAAAGUCCAAAACUAUACCCUGUUUUAAUCCCAACUCUUUAUUGCCAGAUCCUCUACUGCGUGACUACUGGGUGUAUGAGGGCUCCCUCACCAUUCCACCCUGCAGUGAAGGUGUCACCUGGAUAUUAUUUCGCUAUCCUUUGACUGUGUCCCAAGUGCAGAUAGAGGAAUUUCGUAGACUGAGGACACAUGUUAAAGGUGCAGAACUUGUAGAGGGCUCUGAUGGGAUCCUAGGAGAUAACUUCAGACCAACUCAGCCACUUAGCGACAGAGUCAUCAGGGCUGCAUUUCAGUAGCAGAAGAGGAAAACCAACAAAAAUCAAUUUUUAUUUAGAGAGGGGGAAGACAAUGCUCCCACAGUGCCCUUGGAUGAGAAAUGGAAACUUUUGAGGCUGCUGCUUCAGUUGAACCACAAAGCCUGUAUUGUUUGUCUUCAUCUAAUUCAGCCUUGAUAGACAGCUG